AUGGCGCGCUUGCCACCGCCAAUUUAUAAUGAUAUUACUCAAAUAAUUGGUAAUACUCCAAUUGUCCGUCUAAAUCCUAAAAAAUUUUCCGUUAACAACAAUACUGCGCUACAAGAGAAAAGUGUCUGUAGUCACGGAAAUGUAGAAUACUUGGUUAAAUUGGAGUACACAAAUGGAUUAUCAGGAAGCGUCAAAGAUCGAGUUGCUAAGAAAAUUCUUGCUGAUGCCGAAAAAUCAAACAAAAUCAAGCCCGGCACCACAUUAUUGAUACCGUCAAGUGGAAACCUAGCAAUAAGUAUCGCAUUAUUAGCACGGCAACGUGGCUACAAAACCAUUGCACUUGUACCCGAACGUACAACCAUAGAUCGAAUUCAAUUGUUGAAAUCCUUAGGUGUAGAAAUCAUCAGGACACCCAAUGAAGCAAGACCAGGUCAUUCAGAAAGUAGUUUUGACCUGGCCAUCAAAUUGUCAACGGAAAUCGCAAAUUCUGUUGUAAUAGAUGAGUUUACAAAUCAAAGUAACAUACAAGAACAUUAUGAAGAAACUGCUCAAGAGAUAUACACGCAGGUUGAUGGAAAACUUGAUGUGCUUGUGGUCGGCGUUGAAUCCGGCGGCUCCAUUACUGGGAUCGCCAAAAGCCUUAAAGUAAACAUUCCAGGUUUGAAGGUAAUAGCAGUUGAGCCCCAACAUUCAAAGAUACGUGAGGAUGAACCUGGAGGUUCAUCUUUCAUUCGGAAAGAUCGAAAGGUAGAAGAUAUUGGAAAUAACUUCAUACCACCAAUCAUUGACUUUACACUAAUCGACGAGUGGAUUAAAAUUAGUGAUCGAGAUUCGUAUAUCAUGGCGAAAAAUUUAAUAAGUGAAGGAUUUUUGGCAGGCCCUUCGUCGGGGUCGGUA